UAAGAAAUCAAGUUACCCAAUAUAUAGAUUCUACAGCGUAACUCCUCCUUAGUUCUCGGUGUGGGAUAUUUCCAAUUUUUUUCCAAGUCUUCAAAUUGAAGCCUUUUUGUAGCUCUUGAAUUCUUAGCCCUUUACUUCGACACCUCAUCCUCUCUCCCAGGGGCUGCUCUUUACGCAGACGAAACAAAUAUCCUCUUUCUUUCGUUAUGUUCAGUUGGGAUUCCUUAGGAACAUGUUUCUAAAGUUUACACUUUUUCUAGUGGCAGGUGAAGCUUCAAUUUAUCUUGAUCGAUGAAAUGCCACAUAUGAGGUGAACGAAAGUAUGAUUAUAAUGUGACGGUGAACUGUAUCGGGAAGAACCCAGUUUUUGGUGGUUCAGUGGAAGAGAGUUCCAUAGAAAUGUUAUUGGUGUGAAGUUUUGUUUGGCGAUGGGAAUGAGAGCUGUGAGAAAUCUCCUCUGUGGAUCAAGGGUUUUGUCAGCUGGGCAGAAUGCUGUGAUCAAAAUGGAUUCCAUUUCAUACCACUGCUUGGAGGAACCAAAGUUGGAGUCUUUUUCGUCUGAUUGGUAUGAAAAAGCCUUCUCAAAGCUAUCAAUGUUAUCCCACUUGCUGAAUAAUGUGGAUGUCGUUAACGGUAGGACUGUUAAUGUUAUUGAUGAAUCGAUAAUUGAAGAUGACGUUUUGCUAGAAAACAUGCAUCUUUUUAAGUCUCUAGCAAGAGACUUUAUUGGGUGUCCUUUGGUUCAAGAAAUCAUGAGGAAAAAUAUUAUUAUGUCUUUAGGGAGCAAUGCAAAAGGUAACCAGCAGCUUCAUUGUUUUAAAAGAGCUGGUGAGAGAGAACCAAUGACCGUGGAUUCACUCACAAAGGUUUCUGAGUUCUUGAAUGUUUCAGCUCAACAAAGGAAGGUAGUCAGGGCAACGAUAUGUCCCCAGGUAACUCAACAUCAGAUAUGGACUGGUGCGCUUGAGGUGAUACUAAAUAAGUUGAAAUCUGAGAUGGAGUACUUAGAUUUUAGGUUCCCUAGUAAACAAACUAAAAUGGCAAAGCAAAUUGUUUUGAGCUGUCUGAAGGUUUUGGACAUUGCGAUUUCUUACAACCCCGAUUCCAGUUCAUGGAUGCGAGUUGCACCCACAAGAGAUGCCAAUUCACCUCCCACUUCACACAAAUGGGAAGACAUUCUUGAGAUGUUCAUUGAUCUUGCUGACUGCUUGAGUGAGGUAACAAAAUUAUCUCUAGAGGUUAGGAAGAUAGAGGUCAUGAAAGAAGGUCUCUAUCAGAUAAGGGAUAUUCUGAUAGAUAAAAACAUUGGAUACAGGGAAAACCGCCAUCAAGAAAGCUUAGUACAAAAGAUAUUAACCAAGAGACUGGGCCACUCAUCUCGGUGCUUAUUUACACUUCUCACGUAUUAUCUUUAUGGUAGCGUAAGCGAUAUUGAAGUAGAAGUUCGUGGGGGACUAUAUGCUGUUGGUCAUGGGGAUAAGUUCCGCCUGUGCAUGGGGAAAAUAUUGACAUCAUAUGAAGAGAAAAUGCUUUUGAGAGGAGUGAAGCAGCUUGAUCGGGCCCUGGGGUUGUUUAAGUUUAUAUGGGAAACAGCCGGAGUGAAAGGAGAUCUUGAACUGCAAGGCCAUUUAUGGUGCAUUGGCACUCAUAACAGAUCACUCACAUAUAGAGGGACUACAUUCUUGUUGCAUGGGAUUGAUUGUUUUCAUUAAGAAGGUUUACCACAGGGGAAGACACUUGAAUUUCUGUUCUUGAUCAUUGCAGCAGCAGCAGUUUAUUGUGCAUUUUUUUUCAAAAUAAGGAAAUUAGUUCGGCACGUCAAUGGGUGUCUGUUCAAGUGGCAAUAUAGGAACCAGAUUCUAAGAAGAGUAUAUUUCACUUACCUAGUCCUGUUUGAACUAUUUUUGUUCAUUUAGUUCUCACCAAAGACCAGGUAAGUGAAAUAUACUCUUCUUAGAACUUUAUAUGUAAUAUAUAUUCCCAAACUUUAUAUAAAAAGUUAUUUCCCCACCAUAAUUAUAUGUCUUUUACAAAUACAAAUUUAUUGGAAUAAUUAUAUUUUAUCAUAUUUAAAUUUGUUUUUGCAAUUUCAUAGAAUUUUAUGAUGUCUUAGAAUAUUUGAUAUUAAGUUCUCAUUCUAGUGAUAAUAAUGUCAGUAAAGAGCUUAUUUUAUCAUCAGUCAAGCCUCAAAAUCCACCAUGUUAUUUUCAUUUGGUGACAGAGAGUAGUGUUGGUACUUGGUAAACUGUUUUUUUAAUGAUUAACAAAUUGUAAUAUUGGAAAUGUAUAGGUUCUGGAGCUUGAUAACUGCAACUUGUUAACAACAGUGUCUUUGGAUCUUCCUAUGCUAAAAAGCAUAAGACUCGUGCAUUGCCGCAAAUUUGCUGAUCUGAACCUACGAAGUGAUAAGCUAUCAUCAAUUACCAUUUCUAAUUGUCCUUUGCUCCAGCAAAUUAGCAUCACUUCAAACUCUCUCAAGAAACUGGUGUUGCAAAAACAAGAAUGCUUAAUCACCUUAGCAUUGCAAUGUCCCAGUUUGCAAGAAGUGGACCUUGCUGAGUGUGAAUGCCUGACAAAUUCUGUCUGUGAAGUUUUCAGAGAAGAUGGUGGCUGCCCUAAUCUGAAAUCCUUGUUCUUGAUAAUUGUGAGGGCUUGACAUCUAUUGAAUUUUCCUGUACUAAAUUGAACACUCUUUCCCUAGCUGGUUGUCGAGGUUUAAAAUCACAUGAACUCAGAUGCCCUUAUCUUCAGCAAGUCUCAUUAGAUGGCUGUGAUCAUCUUGAAAGAGCUUCCUUUUGUCCUGUUGGACUUAGAUCUCUUAACCUUGGUAUAUGUCCCAAACUGAGUUUGCUGCAUAUUGACGCACCACAUAUGACAUCACUUGAAUUGAAGGGCUGUGGUGUACUUUCCGAAGCAUCAAUUAAUUGCUCAGUCCUGACUGCUUUGGAUGCUUCAUUUUGCAGGUAUUGAAAUUGCAAGCAUGCAAGUAUCUUAGUGAUACAUCUUUGGAACCUCUUUACAAAGAAAAUGCUCUCCCUGACCUGAUCGAGUUGGACUUGUCAUAUGGGACACUGCCAGUCUGCCAUUGAGGAAUUGCUUGCUUUCUGUACACAUUUAACCCACGUUAGCUUGAAUGGGUGCAUAAAUAUGCAUGACUUGGAUUGGGGCCGAAAUGGAAUUUCUCAUACAGUGUCGACAUUUGCAUCAGCUGUAUGUGACAUCCGCAUCACAAACAAACAGCUAACAAAUCGUUUGCUGCAGAAUCUCAACUUUGUUGGCUGUCCUAACAUCAAGAAGGUGGUAAUUCCCAUGGCGCGAUGCUUCCUUUUGUCAUCACUAAAUCUGUCCCUCUCUGCAAAUCUGAAGGAAGUCAAUGUUGCUUCCAACUUGUCUUCUCUCAAUUUAAGCAACCGUUGUGCUCUGGAAAUAUUGAAGCUUGAGUGUCCCAGAUUGAGCAACCUAUUCCUUCAGUCUUGCAACAUUGAUGAGGAAGCUGUUGAAACUGCUAUAUUCGGGUGUACCAUGCUAGAGACGCUUGAUGUCCGCUUUUGUCCGAAGAUAUGCCCAUUGAGCAUCGGGAAGUUGCGAGUUGCAUGCCCCGGCUUGAAACACAUCUACAGCAGCCUGGCACCCCCUUGAUGCUCAAAUUGCAACUCCACCACGUCUGGGAUCUGCAAUCCAUGCUUUCAUCAAUUUCCAAUUUUCACUUUUGGUUGUUCAAGAUCGAAGGCGUGUCUUAUUAUUAUUUGUGAUUAUCUAAAUUCUAAAAAUAGCGCUUCUUUCAUGUGCCUUUAUCAAAUUCCAAUAAUGCUUCAUAUUAUUACUAUUACUCGCAAGUCGCAAUGUUGAUUCUUUAGCGACCAAGGGUUUGUAGUUGAUAGAUGUUAUUCAAUAAGACAUAUAUGGCAAAAUAGAAUGCCAAAGUAAUCCCAGGUUGUAUUGUAUAUGCAUAAAACUUGUAGUUUGUGAAAAUGUACACUGAAAUAUGCAAAACUUUUGUACUUGUAGUAUAAACAUUCAAAGUUUUGGC